UAUUAUUCUGGGAGUGCGACUUAUUAUUUUGUGGGUACAAAUCAUUAAUUUGUGGGAAUAAAAUGCAAAUUUUUGGGAAUUAAUUAUUAUUUUUUUACCCAUGUCAGGCCACGGGCUCCGUAAUUACACAUCUCUUAGAUAGUUAUAAAUGCAGCUAUGAUGCUUUAUUUGAGCAUUUUCAAGUAAUGUUUACAUAUUAGGACGUUUUUAAGUUUACAUUUUAAUGAAAACGUUUUUGCUUGUUCAACUUUUCUUUUUCUGCAGGUUUCUGAUUUUGAGAUUAUUUGUCUGUAUGUGUCUUUCAGAGAGUGAGAAAUUCCCUCUCGUGUGUGUGUUUUUUUUCCUUUGGGAACCUGACUCUAAAAUUCAAGGUGAACACGAGGCGCGCGCACGAGCGGGAGCGCGCCGCAUCGCUGUCAUCAGUACAACAUCAGCAUCUUCCGGGCGCGCGCAGGGAAACGGGAGGAGGAGGACGGAGAAAGAGAGAUGAGAGAGAGACCUAGCGGGGAAAGGCUUCGACCAAACCGUGCUGAUAAUGGAGUCGAGGCGGUGGAGGAUGUCGGGAAAGAGGACUGUUGAUAUUUGACAGAGGGAUCGCCCUGAAAGCCGGUCUCUUUUUUUUUAUUUUAUCCUUUUUUUUCUUCUGUUCUCCGUUUGUUUCAUUUGCGCUCGGCUCCCACAUGCUGCGUGGACGCUGAGGGCGCGCGGAGGAAGGGGAGCACCCUCACGGAUGCCUCGGAAGGCGGGAUCGGGCUCCACCGCCGGCGCUACGGGCAACAAUCCGGUGAUGCUGAAGGAGAUCCGGGAGAUCCUGAUGGAUGAGGACGAACGGCGGCUUUAGCCCCCCUCCACCCGAGACACAAAGGGAAGCGUUUGGAUGGCGCCUACCUCCUCAUUGACAGUGUAGCCCCGAGGAGAGCAGCCUGAGACAGCAAUGUUGAAUCACUGGUGUUGGUAAAUUAUUCAUUAGAGACGGAAAAAGGCGAUGAUUUUAUAUUGCUUUAAUGCAGCACCCCCCCUGCUCAUUUUGAUUAUGUUCUACCUUCGGGGGUCACAUGUGAAUUUCCCGGUUCUGUUCUCAUUUCAUGGUUUUUAAGGUCCGUUUGAGGGAUUUGGAUCUUGACGUGUGACAAGAAAAGAAAUUUAGAGUCAGAGGAAGAACAGGUCUGGGUGUGAGAAGGAAAAACCAAACAUGUUGCCUUCCCAAGAAGCCUCCAAGAUCUAUCACGACAAUUAUAUGCGCAACUCCCGGGCCAUCGGGGUGCUGUGGGCCAUCUUCACCAUCUGCUUCGCCAUCGUCAACGUGGUGGUGUUCAUCCAGCCCUACUGGAUCGGCGACAGCGUCAACACGCCGCAGGCCGGCUACUUCGGCCUCUUCCACUACUGCGUGGGCACCGGGCCGUCGCCCAGCCGGGAGCUGACGUGCGUGGGCAGCUUCUCCGACUUCAGCUCCAUCCCGUCCGGAGCCUUCAAGGCGGCCUCGGUGUUCGUGCUGCUGUCCAUGGUGCUGAUCCUCAGCUGCAUCGGCUGCAUGGCGCUCUUCUUCUUCUGCAACACCUCCACCGUUUACAAGACGUGUGCGUGGAUGCAGCUGCUGUGCGGAGUAUGCCUGGUCCUGGGCUGCAUGAUCUUCCCAGACGGAUGGGACGCGGAGGUGAUCCGGGACAUGUGCGGGGAGCAGACGGGGAAGUACUCUCUGGGCGAUUGUUCUGUGCGCUGGGCCUACAUGCUGGCCAUCAUGGGCAUCCUGGACGCCCUCAUCCUCUCCUUCCUGGCCUUUGUUCUGGGAAACCGGCAGACGGACUUCUAUCUGGACGACCUGCAGACGGAAAACAAAGAUUUCGCUGUGUCCAGGAUUGAAGUGCGGGACAGAAGAGAACCGCGGUACGGAGUGCAGCGUCUCCGCUGAGGCCAUCCGCAACUCCCAACAACCCUUUUUCUCCUCCUUUCUAUCCUCCCUUCAUUGUCUCCAAUGAUCAGGAUAUCCUCCCAAUCUCAAUGCAGACACCAAGUGUAUAGGAUAGUGUAAGAUAAAAAAAGAACAAACACACUGGGAUAUAACUAUAUUUUGAGAAAAAAAAAUACUUAUCCAAGGUUGUACAGUGCAUUUAACACUUUCCUGACAAAUACCUUUAUGAUGAAAAAAAAAAAAAAAAGAUUUACUGUAUUUUAAGUCUUAAUUUGUGUGAGAAAUUCAAUUCCUAAGAUGAAGAACCAUAAAGUCCAUUUUCUGAGUAUGUCUUAACAACGUUGCUAUUUACUGAGUUUGUGUCGUGUGCAUUCAUAGCAUCAGAGGAGGGUGUUCUGUGUUCAGAGGCGGAGUCCAUCAACAUUCAAAACCGCAGGGAGACGUAUGGCUCUUCAUCUGAGGACUUUUACAAUGUGAGGGAUCUAAAAGGAGCACCCCAUUGCAGCUUUACAGAACUUAACAUCUCUGGGAGAUUCUCAUCUGUACAUACGGAAUGAUGUAAAUAACAGAAAUGCUGACGAAAACAGCCAACGACAAAACCUCAUCUGACUCCAAUGCAUUCGAGUAUUUCUACCCUGAGUUCCUCUUUCUAGGAAAUCACCCACAGAUACGUUGUGUUUCUGUGUUUCCUCCCAGGCGAUUGGGAAUAAAACAGAUAUUCCACAGCUGGAUAAUCCGCAGAAUCCCAAGGACUGUGUUCCGUUCUGGAUUUUUUUUUCCUGUUUUUUUCCUCUUUUUUUGACAGGGAAAGGACACUUCUACUAAAAAGGCCAACAACCACAUCUGGAAUACGUCCGACUUUAUUUUGUUGUCAACGUGUGCUCCUCUCCACCAUUUCAAGUGUGCAGUUUACUCUACAGAUGUCUUAAGACUGCUCUGCGUCGUCUUAAGGUGAUGUCACUUGAAUACCUGUUUAGAGGAGCAGUGCCGCCUCCUGCUUUUGUCCCACAGGUGGAACACCGCCCACCACCCCUCUCCAAGACAGGAAAAAUACGCUAAAAAUGGGAAAAAAAAUGUGUGAACAUGACUGGGAAAGUUGCUGAAAGUAAUUCUGAUUCAAUCCUUAGCGUAAACAUGAAAGUAUGGAGGCCUAAAAAUGACAACAUUAAAAAUCUGUAAACUGAAAAAUUAGUAAACCUACAUUUUAGUCAGACAAUUUACUUUAUAUUUAUUUUUAAAAAGUUAAAUGAGAACAAAUCUGUAUUUCAACGUUUUUUAAUUUAGCAAGCUAACUUCAAACCAUUUUUCUUGAGUGUGGGUCUGCUGGAUGUCCCUAAAAACGAAUAAUUAUCUAAUAAAAUUUCCCUGGUUUUCUACACUAUAGGGCACACCUGAUUAUAAGGCAACAAAUGAUUUAUUUUUUAACAAAUUUCAUAUGGAGCACCAAACAUUAAGGUGCAUUAAGCAAGACAAAAGUCUCAGAGAUACUACAGUUGGUUAGACUUUAAAGGGUCACCAAAAAGGGAAGUUGGAGCCUGACUCCGCCCACAGCCAAAAUGUGAAUAUCCAUUCAGAGGGGCGGGGUUUGGGGAACAGGACUGUUAUCAUUACUGGAGCUGCAGAUCAUGACGUGGGACUUAAAUGACUUGAGCAAUCACGAAAUCCAAAUGUAAUACCUGAAUUCAACCUGUAGAGGGCAGCACAGAGGUGAUUGUUAACCAUGUUUUCAAGAAUUAAACAAGUUUUUUUAUCAUUUGUCAAAAAUGUGGCAAUGACCAACAGACAGCACUUUUAAAGCCCCAUUUAAAACAGAGAGAAAAAGCUGAUUAAGGAUUUGGUUUCCCUUUAAUAACUGAGUUCACGGAGACUCUUGAACUUGUUUGUAGCACACUAAACAUUAGCAUCACAUUACCUGUAACUCCCCACUUUGUUUGGGACAUGUAAAAACAAGAAUGAUGCAGCUAAAGCAAAUGUUACUGUAACUAUGCUAACUCCCAACUUUCUAGGUAACAUAAAAAAGACAACAGUCCGACAUGCUACACGUUAGCCACGUUAGCAUAUUUAUAAUGCCACCCAACCAUAUUUUGCAACAGCACAGCCACAAUACGGCGCUCCAAAUUGUGCUGUGAUUUCUGAAAAAUAAUUUAAGGCUUUUAUCGUGUGGAAAAUAAGUUAUGUUGAUCUCAAUCUGACAAUGAAACUAGUCUCUAGUUGUGCACGGCUGCCAAACAACCUUUAAAAACAGAAAGCAAACAUUCAAUCUGUCCAAGACAAAGAAAAACUUUGAAGAAGAUCAGACAACAGUAUGACUUACUGUUGUCAUUCCUCCUGUAGAUCGUGUGAUUGGUUAACACAUCUAUGACUUUUGCUUUAUCAAUUUUAUUAAAAGAGUUUUAAAAUAAAAAUGUAUAUUAUAUUCUAGCUUUUGGCCAGCCCCCCAGAAAUAACUGGGGUAUGGAUAUUUUAUGUCUACAUAUAUUUGCUCAUACAUUUAAUUACAUUUCAGAAAUCAUAAAUAUUUAUCAAAGAAUCCGAAAUUCUACAUUUUUACAUACAUUUUGGAAUUUUUAGUCCUCCAUACAAAAACUGCUGGAGCGCAUCACUAUGACUUUCACUUGUAAAUUGUUUUAUCCAACACCCUCAAUCAAUAACAGAGCCCCUUUGAGACUCUAUCGUUUUGAUAUUAAAAAAAUUCCCUCAAUCCAGCAAACCUUAUCCAAUGCGAACAUAAAGUAGCUUAUUAUUAAACUCCCGGUUCUGCUUGAAUAGUAAGACUGAUACCAAAAGUUUAAAGCUCAGCAUUGAACCAACCUAUGGAGCCUUAAAGUACAGCAUGAACAGGUAGCAUGCUAAUGCUAACAUUAGCAUGCUAGCAUUAGCAUUAGUCGUGUCUCACUUGUUUAUGUCAAAGACACUUCUACUUGUAGAAAAUGUGAAGAAGUGCUUUGUUUACUGGAUUUGGCUGUGCUGUCCUAUUUUUUAUGUUUCUAUGUUUUUUUUGUUAGGAGUCUGUGACUUCAUAAUGAAUCGAAGCUUUUGUCCGAAUUCCCUCACUACUCAGUAUUUAGUGCACUAUAUUGGCCGUUUGCCAUUUUGUCAAAGUGUCCAAAUCUGCAGAUUUAACAACAAAAAAACAACUGUGCAUGGAUGCACUAGAUUGGCAAAUAUUAGGGCAGGGUAUCGAUUAUAAUCUCCAGAAAUUAUUCGAUUCAAUUCACAAGAGCCAGAAUCAAUUUGAUUCCGAUUUUUUUCGAAUCAAUUUUGAGUUUACAUAAUUAUACACUUAAUCAAUUUUAUCAACCCGGCCCUAGCAAAUAUAGAUCACAGCAGAUUAUGUUUGAGCAAUUUGUCACUCGAAAAAAUAUAUGUAAAUUCUUUUUUUUUGAUAAAUUUUUCAUAAUCAGAAUACAUAAAUUGUGUGCAAAAUGUUCAUUUGGUUUUUACUUUGGCAAAUUGGUGACAUCACAAUUGCUGUUUAAAAAACAAAAGCAUGUAUCUGAAUUGCAUUAUAACCCAUGGUUCUGUAAAGUCCAGCGCUAUAGAGAUUUAUAGAGAUUAGGGAGUAGAGAGGUAAUUUGAACAUAGCCAAAAUCUUUUAAUUAAAACACAAAAAGUUCUUCUGCAAUUGUUUUUAAUGCAGAAUAAGUUCCAGGAUUUCCUAAAACCCUGAAAAGUCCCAGAAAAAGUGCAGGUUACAUAACGAGGAGCCAGAGUUAUACUAUUUAAAAAUAAAUACCUGUUCCACAUGGAUGAAAUCAUUAGCAAGAGUGACUCAACGUGGUCCCCAAGAGCUACGCUUCCUCCAUGCGUCUCCACCACUGACGGUGAUCUACGUGAUUUGGGUGGCAACUGGGAAUCGUUCCAUGGCGAGCUAUAGUUGCACAACAUGACAAAGCAGGCUGCUGUAAUCCAGGGCACAGGGGGCUUGAGGGGGGCUUCAUCUGCCCCCCCAAAGCAGCACUUCAGGCUGACACAGUGGAACUGAAACUCCCAAAGCUUGGCUUAAGUCACGACAGAAUUAAAGGGAGCUGUGGAUAAUUAUUUCACAGGAGAAAGCGGCGUGCUUCAAUGGAGAUGUGCGAUCAUCUAGCAUGAAGCAGACGAAUCCGUUUGCUUUUAGGGAUUUGACAUGAAAAUAAAGCCUUGUUAUUAUCAAAGUGUAAUCCAUGUGGAGCUGUUAGGGAUGCACUCUCAACACGUUCACUGUGGACAAGUUAAAAAUAAUUUGUCUCCGUCGUUACUUGAAAAUUGAAGCUGAAACAUUUAGGUAAAGUGUUAGUGUGAGAUAAAUGACGCCUAACCUGGUUCAUCCCAGGUGAGUUGCUGGUGCGUUCCUA